AUGGCACACACCCUCAAGCUUCCGAACCCUCCAGACCACUCGGAACCGCAUCAGCUCUCACAUCAAAACCCAUCACCCCCGAUGAAACUCCCUUCCAUUAUCUUCGCAGCGGCCGCCGCACUCUUGGUGCCCAACACCUUUGCUCUCAGCCCCACCAACUGCAACACCGCGGACAAGUCGCGCACUGGCUCCGACUUUGUCCUCGUUGAGCAACCGGAUAACCCGAACGUGGCAUCGCUGUCCAAAAAGCUGAAGAAGGUCUCCGUCGCUGAUGUCUUCAACGAUGGCAACCACAAGAUGAAGACCGACAGUUCAGGCCGCAAGCUGUGGGAGAAAAAGUCGGGCUUCAACGACUUGGACACGGAGAAAUGGAUACCUCAGGGCAUCUCCUCCACGGCCGAUGCAAGCGAGAGCGGCACUGUUGGUGGCAAAGACGGCUGGAUUGUUAGCUGGCACCGCAAGGACGACAAAAGUGCGCGGGUAACCUUUGUCGACCGCGCAAACGACAAGUACCGCCACGCACUUCUGGUUUACCCCCACGCAGCCGACAACUUCCGCGAGGUCCCCAUUCAUGCCGGCGGCAUCAUGUGGUACGGCGACAAGUUGUGGGUGGUCGAUACCAAGAACGGCAUCCGUGUUUUCGAUAUGGCCAACAUCUGGCAGGUUGAGACGGGUGACCCUGUGGGCAAAACUGGAAGUAAAUACACGGCAGCAGGAUACAAAUACGUCAUUCCCCAGAUCAGAUGGUACAAAUGGUCUUCCUCAUUCCCAUUCCGCUUCUCCUACAUGGCACUAGACCGCACCCAAGAUCAGCACACCAUUCUGGUCGGUGAGUACCAGACCAACACGACGGUCCCGGUGCGGAUGACCAAGUACGCUCUUGAUGAGUCGACCGGACGCCUCAAGAUGAGCGGCAAGACAGCCAAGGCCACCUGGGCCUACUGUGUCGGCAUCGAGCGCAUGCAAGGCGCCGUGUCGGCCAACGGCAAGAUCUACAUCUCGCGCAGUAACGGCAAGAGCAACGGCGACAUGUGGGGUUGGGUCCCUGGCAAAGCUGCAUACAAGAACGCCGGCUUCUUCCCUCAGAGUCCGGAGGAUCUGAGCUACGAUAAGCGAAGAAAUGGCCGCGUUUACGGUCUGACGGAAGCCAAGGGCAAGAGGUACAUCAUCGAUUCUGACGCCAGGAAAGUCAAGUUCUCAUAG